AGAUAUUAAGCGCGGGGGUGAACCGACUAGGUUUUGGCGCAAGAUUUGUCCGUAAUGUGAAUCCCAACAAUUCGUGCAUGAGUGUUCAUUAUCUCUGUUAAGUCUGUUCAUCCGCUAUUAGUGUUAGAGUUCAUUGUCAAGAAUCGUUUUAUAAGUAAAUAAAAUCAAUUUUUAGCGUCUUCAAAGUGGCUUAGGAUCGCCCAUAUACUACCACCAGAGCAUUCAGGCUACAAUUUCGGUCCAUAUAUUAGACGCGAAUUCAACAUAGUUUUUAAGAAUAUUCAGUGUUUUCAGAUGUCCGCCAUAACGGAUGACGAAAUCAUAAAGAGAAGACUCUUAAUUGAAGGCGAAAGUGGAAAUGAUGACCGCAGAAUUACACUAUUACUUAAAAAUUAUCUUCGAUGGGUAGCUUCUGAUGAUGUUGGUGAAGACGGCUACGAAGCUUAUCAAGCCCUUAUAGCUAGUGUUUACCAGUGUGAAAACGCCAUGGAACAGUCGUCAUUAGUAAUAGCUAUGAACUACGAACAGCAAAAACAGUAUGAGGAUUUAUAUAAAGAGAUUGAAACGGCCAUUGAAAGUGCGAAAAAUCGCAUUCAAAAAUGUAAAGAAGAUCUGAGAUCCGCAAAAACUGUCAGGAAAAAUAGACGAGAGUAUGACAGUCUUGCCAAAGUUCUCUGUGAUCAUCCAGAGAGAGAUGAGACACUUGAAAAAUAUAGAAAAUUAAAAGCUACUUUAGAACGACUGGAGAAUUUAAGUGAAGAGUACGACCGAAAAAUUCGGCUUAGAAAAACUCAAUUCCAUUUAUUUUUGGUUGCCCUAAAGGGUUUACAAAAAAUUGUUGAGGGUAGGUCUUAUUUAAAAUAAACUGCCACGUAAUGUAAUUAUUAAUUUUUGUAGAUGAUGAUCUAUCUUCAGUCAAAGAUGAUUUGAUGCCUACACAGUCAUCAAAGUCUGUACACGAAGAGAUUUCUAUGAAAAUGGAUACAAGUUGAAGAUUAUGUAUUUAUGUAUAGUAGCCGCAAACUUUUGCCUUUAUUCAUUGCGAGACCUUGAUUGACUUCGCUUCAAUCUUGAUACGAUCUUUGUACGUACGUCUUGUAAAUAUAAAAUAUCACAUGUAAAUUUGUUGUAAGAUAUGUUUAUUAUAAAUUCCUCGUUUGACACCAUAAAGUCGGGUGGUUGAUGAUGUUUGAUUAUCUUGUGUUGAACGUGUCCAAUUUUGUUUGUUUACAUCGAAUCGUUCCUGAAAUUUAAGUUGAACUCUGAUGAAAAGGUUAACUA